UUAGGUGUCUUAAAGAGAGAUUCAAACAUUUUAUUUGAGCCAAAACUACCGCAAUAUAAACUCGAAGCCAUUAAGGCAUUAGGCUUUGGAACCGUUGAUAAGAUAUUCCUCGAGUACAGUCUACCGCUUAAUAACUUCAUUGAUAUCAGCGUCGACGAGACUAUUGUCUUAUGGGAUAAACAGAAUCCUCCGAAAUGUAAAUAUUUUCAGAAGAUUUACUCCAUUUCCCAGAUAACAAACCACUGUCUCCUGAUGUGGGCGUCCGGUGAAGAGGCCGUCGAGUUGGAGCGAACCGAUGAUGAGAUAAUCAAUGAAGAGAUAACCGGAUUAUUGCAGCAAUUCUUCAACAAUAAGAAGUUCCCGAAAGCAGAUAAUAUAAUAAUCACCCGAUGGGGGAGUGAUCCCUUCACUCUGGGGUCCUAUUCCUACAUACCAUCCAAUUCAUCAGUUCGUGACAUUGAACUCUUAUCGCAGCCCAUAUAUGCAGACCCGGCUCACGACAAGCCAAUUAUGGUGUUCGCGGGUGAGGCGACCCACCCGUCCUUCUACUCUACAGUUCACGGGGCUUUCCUCAGUGGACGAAAGGCCGCUAACUAUCUCCUGGACGCCGACACCCUUCCCCAAAACGACGGCAACAUAAGGAUUGUGUCGAAAAUGUAGAUUCUCUGCAAUUGGCGAACAAAACACAAAUACUGGCCCUC